AGAAUGACACAUAAAACAAUUUUUUUUUUAUUCUUGUUAAAAUAAAAAAAAAAUUAUUUUAUAGAGUACUUUAUUUUUAUUAUCUAAAAUAAAUCUUAAAUGAUUUUUAGCUUUUAUAAAAUUUAAAAUAGUAUAGUUUGUUAAAAAAGAAAAAAUAAAACUCUAAAUUUUUAAGGUGUUAUAAUGAAUUACAAUCUAUUGAAAGUAGAGUAGGAUCAUUUGUGGUGCUUGAGCUGUGAUAUAAAAGCCAUUGUAUUUCAUCAAAAAAACUGUAAAAUGAAGCCCAAAACUUUUGAAGAAUAAAUGAGAAGUGGAAGCAUGAAACAUAUAAACGAGUUAUUAAAAAUACAAAAAGAAAAAUACGUUGAGUUAAGAGGGAAUGCCUGACAUAUUAUUGAGCACAACAUGUUUUAAAGCUAUGAUGAAGUCACAGGGAUGGAAAAAUUCUCUUAAAUUAACAGUUGCAUGCAGCAUAUAAUGAGAUUCACUCCACUUGUUUCUAUAAUUUUUUAUUGAAGCCAAAUCAAUAUGUUGUUUUAAAUGAAUAGUAAUAGAGUUAUAUUACAUUCUUAAAAAAAAAAUUAAAAAAAAAACUAAAGAAUGGAUGAUGAAUCCGAGUCUGCGGGAGAUACAGAAUCAAUGAAAGAAGAAUACAUGUAUAAAACAGAUGACGCAAAGUUAUGCUCAACCCAAAGUGUUUCUUCCAACUUGCACAACAAUUCCAACCUAGAUGAGACAUUACAAACGUUUCUCAUUGAAAAUACUGUAAACGAUUUAAAAUCAGCGUUGAAUGACGAUAUAAAAAGUCAAUCAACUAGUUUUUCUGGAUCCAAUCAAUAUUUUUGUUCACAAGCAAUUCCUGUGUCUUGUAAUAAUGAGGCUACCAUAAAGCCUCUGACUUUUUGUUUGUCUCCUGACUCCUAUGCGCUCACUUUGAAUAAAAAACCUUCUCCCGAAAAAAUUGUUUUUAAUUCAAAUGACAUUGCGACCAAAAUAAUCAAUACUAUGAAUAAGAAUACUUUCAAUACAGCAACGCAAAUCAACAAUCAACCUUUUAAUAAUGAAUCCUAUACUACGACAGAACAUCAUGGCGAAAACACUCUAAAUAAUGUAGCUAGACGUCAUCCAAAUAUAAACAUACUAGCGCAGUUUCCACUGAAAACCCAUCAUUCAAUUUGUAAGACCCCAUCCCCUCAUAAAAGAAACCAUAACGAAAUUUUAACAUUGGUAAGUAACAAUAAAGACGUCGUCGAUUGCGCGUCGUAUUAUGAAAAUAGUUAUCCUUUACCAAACGAUGUGUCCAACUCUCCGUCAACUACGCACUUAAAUAAAUCGUCGGAAGAGGUGUCUUGCCAUGGUUUUCAAACGUCUCUAUGUAAUCUGCGUCAUUCUCCUAAAGACUUGGACAAAAAUUUAUCCCAGCGAGAAUUGGUGCAGUCCAACACUCUUAUUUCUAUGACCACUACAUCACAGCUUGAUUCUCCAGUCACCGUGAAAUCUCCAACACACCAUGACUCCUUAACAAAACAGAACUCAUCUUGUCAACCUAACUCUUUGGAAAAGAUGGAAAUCCUAGUCAAUACGAAAUCAUCGUUAUCCAUUAUGGAAACACCAAAGCUUAAAUCUUAUUUGCCAAUGAGUUGCUCUUUACAUUUAAAUUCAGGUUGCAAAAUAAACGAAGAAAAAAACUUGGAUUCUUCUUCUAACGAUUCUCUUUCAAAUGUUGCUUCCUGUUUUUUAGUCAAUUUGCCUGCCCCUCAAAAUUCGUCACCAUCAAUGUGUUCUAUUUCAGAAAACAAUUUGAUAUCUCAAAUUGUACCUUCAUCGCAAAGUAACAUUUUUUCAAAAAAUGAUUCUCCGUCCCAGAUUCCGUUUACACACGAAAUGGAUUGUUCUUCAAAGAGUCAAACUUUGCAUAAGAUAAACUCUUCAACGACGAAUUCUUUUGCUUGUCAACCAAAGCGUUCUUUAUCCACAAGGCAUUUUUCAAUUGAAAAACUUCCGUCUUUGACAAAAUCCUCUUUUCGUGAGGAAAGUCUUUUUGAAGAACCAAGCCACAAAAAGGAAGUGUCUUUGUUAGAUGAGACGUUUUUUACUGGAAUGUCUUCUGUCACCCAAGAAACUUGUGAAGCAACCAAUUUUCAUUCUUUAAACGAACUGUCACCAUCUAAAAAAACUUACUGUAAUACGCACACUUUAUUAAAUCAAAAUUCAUUCCUAGUUCAAGAUUCAUGUUCACCCAAAGCAUCCUUUUCUCAAAUGAAAUCACGUUUAAUCGAGAAAAACGCUUUUGAUAAAUCAAGAUUUUCAAACAACGAUACGGAUAUAAAGACGUCUUCUUCUUAUUCAAAAAUGCCUUCAUUUCAUGAGCUUGCUUUAAAAAAAGAAAGCGUCUCCAACGCGAAUUCAUUUAGUUGUAUGACGACGACGGAAGAACAUCAAAUGCCUUUGCAAGAGGAUAUAACAUCAAGUAGAACAUCUACCGAAACAAAAUACGAUCAUAACCAACUAACAAAUUUAAGUAAUAGUCUUUUAGAACAGCUGACGGCCGCUGCCAGCGCUGUCAAUUAUCACUCAGAGUCAUCCAGAAAAAUUAUGGCAACAGAAAGUCCAUUAGAAUAUCGUCGAGAAAGAUUUUUUAGUCCUCCGGUAGGAAAACUUCAUGAUCCAGAAACGUACGGUAUAAAUCUUUCCAUUUGUGGAGAAUUGGUAUCUGCAGCGGACGUUGUUGUAUGGGAAUUUCCUAAUCUUCAAAAAUUGCAUCAAUUACGUCACCGUCUUGUGUCCUUUAUGCGUGAUAAUCAUUUAAAACAGGCGGACAUUUGUCGAUUUACUGGUUUGAGUGCUCCGUAUUUGUCAUUUAUGGUCAAAGACCCAACUAUUCCUAAUUUUGCUUGCCGAAGACGUGUUGAAGUGUUUAGUAUGCUAACAGCUUUUUUUCAAAAAAUAGAUUCGCAACAGAUAACUAUGGAUGAAAUCAGUACAUUGGUGUUAUUGUCGAAGGCAACUGCACGCGCUGCUUACUCAACACGGAAACAAUGUCAUUUAACGUCAAAACAAAACGUGGCACAUAAUGAAUUUCUUGGAUUAAAUAAAUUUGGUGACAAUUCUAAACUACCAGAGAAACAAGCUAUAGUACAUCGUCGAUCGCGAGGGCGUCCGAAAACAGUUGAUUGUGAAAUGGAGAUUUUAAGGAGAAAAAAAAUUGUCAAAGCGGGAGUUGUGUCUUACAAUCAUAUCUGUGAAAGCUCUAGGCAUAUGUAUAGUUCAACUUUUGACCCACUGGACGAUAAAUCAGAAAGAAAUUUACCACAGAGUCCAAUUGAUCAGUAUAGUGACGCGCAAGAUACAUUGCCUGCUGCACUUUGUAACUCUUUUGAAAAAUCGGAAUCACAUUUGAAUUCAGGUUCAAAAUACCUUCAGUCUCAUAACGCAUGUUCUGCACUUAUUCCCUUCGUGUCUGGAUCCAGUCCACGCAUCUUAGAUAGAACUAAAGAAACAGUAUCAGAAACCGCCACCAAGUAUUCGUGUAAUAUGGCAAUGGAUUUUAAAGAAAAAGAUGAAUGUGACAUGACCGCGUACGCAAGUAAACCGAAAACGUCUGCGACCCGCGUCAAGCAACAUUUGUUAACACGUGUGAACAUUUCGAAUCAUUUGAUCCCACAUGUGAAAAGUGAGUCGAUUUUGAAGGGCAUUUCGUGUGUCGAAUCUUAUAAAAUUAUCACUCCUGCCAACCAAAUUGGUCAGCAUGUUCAAGAUAGCAAUGAAUUGCAUGAGCAACAAAGUCAAAUAAAUUCCGGCCAUUUAAAUUCCAAGCUACAAGAUUUAAUCCACAAUGAAACAUGUGGGUUACAAAAAGGAUCCAAUUUGCUAGAAGCAUCCUUCAAUACGGAUCAAAUGACGUCUCUAGAGAAUAGUGUAGGAGUCAACGGUUUAAAUCAAUUAAGACAACAGGGUCAUACGGAACUGGAAUUUCCUGUGCCAAUUGAUUAUUCGAAAUCCAUUCUGUCUAGUAAAACGUCCAAAUUCAAUCUAGUAGAUGGAGUGGAUAUUCAAACGAAAAGUGUUUCAAGUUGUGAAAGUACUGAUACAUCGAUUCCAACGCAUACUUUAGAAAACACGCAUCACGUCAAUACAAGCUUUCGAUCAUCUGAGGGAACAUUUAGAAAACAAGGUUAUCAAGUGGCUCAUUUCAAUACACCUGUUCGCGAAACUCAGCAAGUUGCCAACGCACUGUCGAAUGAUACGUGUUGUAAAUAUGUUAUUCACUUUGGUCCCACAUGGGAGAAAGAAAUCGGAUCAAUUAUUAAAAGUGAGGGGUGUGAAUCCUAUUCUAAUCAUAAAUGUGCAUCUAAUACCAAUCGUGAACCGAAUUCUGUGAAAUCGGUGUGCACUGACUCGAAUUCAAAAGAAGCGUGUCCCCCCGUAGUAUUUCCUUACUCUGGAAAUUUAUGUGUCAUUCAGCUUGAAUGGAAUUAUAAUGAACAAAACAAAAAAAUAGAUAUUGUCUGGGAUAUGGAUGAGUCAGAUGACGCUGUCGACGUUUUUGUGAAAACAUUUACUGAAACGUUAGGACUACCAAUGAUCCCUGUAGGAGAAGCGGUCUUGUCAAGUUUUUAUUCACAGCUCAACUCUGUUCGUUCUUUCGAUACACUGUAUUUAACAGUUUGCCGGUAUUUGUUAAGCCGAUUAGGAAAGAAUCAUAAGCUACAUGACCUUCCUGGACUUUCGCGUAAAAUUAUUAUUGAUUAUGUUCAUCAAGGAGUUCGAAUUAUUGAAAUUAUAUUAUGGAAUCUUGCAAAUAAUGUAGCGGAUGGAAAAGUUAUUCUUCAGCAAGUUUUGCAUAAUGCGAAUUUUUCUUCCUCUUAUUGGACGAAUUUGUUUCCAACGUUUGUUCGAAUUGUAUAUCAAGAGAAACUGAAUUUUAUUCGUGAAUGUAACGCUCUUUUGCUUGAAAAUAUUUCCGCUGAAAUAGACUUUAAAAAAAAAUCACUACAAGUGCCUAAUUUCAAUAACACCUCAAAAAAAGAACCUGUCGAUAUUUCACCAGCAUACGCAGCUCUUGAUUCAAGUUACAGCAGUCUCAAUUCUAAAAAACGGCAUUGUGAGCCUUCCAUUCACAACGGAACGCAUACCCCAUAUAGACAUGAGACGAAGAAAAGUUGCGUGGAGCAAAAAGUGCCAAAUGACACGUUUCAUAGAUAAACCAGGCUUAUUAUUUUAUUAACAGUUUUAAAGAAAUCUCUCAAUUUUCUUUAUUUAUAUUCAAUUUUUUUUAUACAUCAAUACAUCCCUAGGAAAACGUUGAAAUACCUAAAGUAUGUAUUAAAAAAAAACACUGAGGUCAUUUCAAAUAUGGAAAAAACCUUAAAUGCCAAGAAAUAUAUUGCUCUCAUAAAGUAUUGACUUUUAAUUAGCGGUUCUUUCAUCUCCCCCAAAUUAUGUUAUUACAGUCUAUCAUGUACGAUAUCUAGAUGGAGUCCGUAAACAGAUCACUAUUUUAAAAUAAUUUUUUUAAAACAUAAAUCGCCCAAGAUGCCGACGACUGUUGCCUUAGGUUUAACACAAGAAAACUCUUUUUCUUUUAUCUAAAACAAUAACCAAUAGAAUACGAAAAAGUUUUUGUACUCAAUUUUUCGUAGUCAUCAUAUCCGCUCAAACUUUAGUCCAUCAACAUAUUCAAAGUAGGACAAAAAUCAGGGCAAUGAUUCUUUGGAAUACACCAUACUAAGAGGUUGAAGGAUCCAGAGAAAUAUGUUUAAUUAGCUUUUUUGUAUAAAAUAAUUACGUUUCCAUCACGUUCAAUGUGUUUUUUCUUCUUUAAUAAAUGUCUGAUAGAAUCUGUUAUAUAUUGAUAUACAUAGAUAUUUCUAAAGUCAAACUUUUGUUUUUUAUUUUUGUGAUAGAUGUACAAUAAUUGUUGAUUCCUUCAUUUUCGGUUUUUCUAUCGCUAAAUCUAACUCAAGCCAAUUAAGGUCAUUUUUUUCUGCCUACAUGUACUCCAACUCCUUUUUAUUUCAAGGCCAUUGGGUUGUAAUGAUAGUAUUUUUCUAGUCAGACAAUUCCAUCUCACCGUUAACUUUGCUUGUUUAACUCUAAACCCUUCCAAAAAUGACAAAUUCUCAAUUAUCUGCAUUAGACGAAUAUAAAGUUUUUUUGACUCCCAACAAAGCAUGGUUUCAUACCGCUUUACUACGUGGAAAUCUGUUAUCUUUCUAAUACUUCAAUCGUUGAUUACACUACGUAUUCAUGCGAAAUGCAAAACAUUGCAAUGUCAAUGGAACGUUUUAUUGAAAAAUAUUUAAAUAGAAACAUUGAGUUAUAACACAAUUUCUUUAUUUGCAUGUGACUUUGAAAUUAAAAAUAGGAUUUUUCCACUUUGUUCGAUUAGUGCAGAUGAUAAAAUGAUGAAUGAUC